CUACCCUUAAUUACCAUCCUUGCUCUCAAUCUUACGAAUCCGCACAAUUUUGCAUAAUCUUUGGCGACAGAAAGGAGAAUAAAAGUCCGUGAAAAGGGGCCAGAGAAUCCUAGGAAUCCAAUUCACCUACCAAAAGGUGAAAUAGGGCAGUGGAAACCGAAGUGCACUUUCACUCAUUUGUUGAAUUCUUGAAAUCGCUGCCGUACUCUAUCGCAGCAAAUGGGACUUGCAGCACCUCGCAAGAAAAUUAAAAUCUCCCAUGACCCCAAUAAUACCAAUUGGGCACGGUCAACAAGCGGUUUCGGACAUAAGAUCUUGAGCUCUCAAGGAUGGACACCCGGGAGCUUCUUGGGGGCGCGUAAUGCCGCACAUGCUGAAAUGUUUACUCAAGCGAGUGCAUCUCAUAUCAAGGUUGUCCUGAAGGAUGAUACACUGGGCCUAGGGGCGCGGCCUAAACGUGAUCCUUUAAAUGAGCCCACUGGACUUGAUGCAUUCAAGGGACUUCUUGGCCGGCUAAACGGCAAGUCAGACGCGGAUUUGCAGGUCGAGCAGCAGAAGCGCGACAACGUAAAACUGGCUCGAUAUGCUGCCACGAAAUGGCAAGCAGUCACAUUUAUAAGUGGCGGUUUGCUAGCUCAGGAAAAAGUGACCCCCAUUGUUACUAAGGAGCCGCAAGGAACCGAAAAAGACAAGCAAGAGGACGGACUUUCUGCUACGUUACCUGCGCCGGACAAAGAUCAAGUGAGCUCUGAUGGCGUUGAGGGUUCAGGCAAUGUUGGAGACCAAAGCGAUCACCAAAGCACCAAGAAGAAAAAAUCGAAAUCCAAGAGCCAUAAGGAGAAGAAGGACAGAAAAAGGAAACACACUGACGGGCCUGAGUCCACCGACUCCGGAGAUACGAACAAGAAGUCAGCCGAGGAAAAGAGUAAAGCCACAAGGGAUGAUGAAGAAAGCUCUUCAACAGCUUCUAAGGGUCCGUCGAGGGAGCGCCGUCCGAUGGGGAGACAUGUUUUUAGAGGCCGACAUAUUGCGCAGAAGAAAGCGGCUCUCAUGGACGAGAAGUCUCUCAACGAGAUAUUCAUGGUCAAAUCAUAGCGCCGUAUAUAUCUCUUGCAUGACAUACCCUAGACUUAUAGACAUAGAUAUACUCCUUACUGGUUUGGUUCGGCAUUUCCUACAAUUGUUCAUAACGACCCUUGACACGAUUCAUACUUGCAUGUAAUACAUAUAGGUAGACCGGAGUCUGGGGUGAUUCAGGCCAGGUGAUGUGCCGUUAUAGAUUAUGAAGGCGUAGGGUUCGCAUCAAGCAAAAUAUGUUGCACCAGAACCUAAAUAUUCUAGGUACAGGUCUUUUCUUCUUUGUGGUUUUUCG